AUGGAAGGUAAAACUCGUACAAAGGACAAGUACAGGGUAGUUUAUACUGACUUUCAACGGUUAGAGCUUGAGAAAGAAUACUGCACUUCUCGUUAUAUAACCAUAAGGCGUAAAACCGAGUUGGCUCAAAUUCUUUCCCUGUCUGAAAGACAGGUGAAAAUUUGGUUUCAAAAUCGCAGGGCUAAAGAAAGAAAACAAAAUAAAAAAAAUGCUGAUUCUUCUUCACUGGCAACGACAAUUCAACAUUGCAAUCAUCCAAAUUCAAUCAGCUCGAAGCCCAAAAUAGAGCCUGGCCUUCACCUUCAACACACGUUACAUUCGAUGACAACCAUAAGUAUGCCAACCAUGGGACUGCAUCACAUAAGCCAUCAUCCAUUUGCAGUAGCGGCACCUCCAUCACAUCAGCUGAAUUCGCAACAUGCUCAGAUGUCCACGGCAGUCGCUAGUGUUAGUUCAAUGGCUCUGUGACAAAAUCACAAUUAUAUUCUGCAUUAGCAAGCUAUUAUAUAUAUUCAUA